UCCGUGUCUCUCUCUAUCUUUAUUUCCCAAAAGUCUGGUAAAUUUCCCGAGUCUGGCUGCCUAGUGCAACACACGUGUAUUUUGGAGAUGAGAUAGAACGACCAACGAACAACGACCAUGUGUGCGUGGAAGGUUUGUGUGGCUUUUUGGCUUACUGCCUUCGUUCCCCUGCUUUUGUGCUUUCCCUGGCAACACAUGUGGGGAUACGGAGGGAGUGUGCGUGUACUGUGUUUGUUGAUAUGGAGGAUUGUAAUGAUGAACGAUGGAGGAUUGAUAUUUUUGAUUGUGUGGCAGAACAGGAGUCUCCGAGGAUAGGUGCCGACAUGAUAGAUUGGAAUCUGAGGGGAAAGGUCAUUUUCUUUGGACUGGCUUUCGUGUUCUGGAAAGUUGGGUCGAGUUCAGAUGUGGUGAUGAUUCUGCAUGUCUUUGCUCACGGUGCGAUGCGUGAUGAUUCGUCGCGCCUGGAGGUGCUGGUUAUAACAUAUUGGAGGUCUAGGAAAUCUUCAUGCAUGGCCUGCGAGUCGUGGUCUUCUUCUGGCGACACACAUCGCCUCUGUACUCUUUAGCAUCCUCUCAGAUGGAUAAAAGUCUUCAUUAGACAAGGCGGAUGUAUUUGUAGAGUAGGUACAAAUUGCCUGUCAAACGACGGUUC